AUGAAUUUGUCAAGAAUCUGGAAGUUAUUUCUACUGACUUUCGUGACAUUUUCUGCAUUCGUUCGAGUCGAUUCUCGUCCAUUUAUGAUGAAUAUAGGUCAAGCAAUAAGUGGAACAUUUUAUGGAUUGUGGAAAUUGAUUGACAACACUCCACCUCCGUACCAAAAUCAAACAAUGAAAAGAGCACCGGCAUUCGCAUCAAAGUAUGGAAAAGCCAUUGACGGAAACAAGCAAGACAUAAAGUCACACUGA